AUGUGGCGCCGGGUGUCUUUCAAUCCUGCUCUAAGCCUAAGCAGCAGCGUCCGUACACGUCUGAACGCGUCAUCUCGUGCAACACCUCGCGUAAAUCUGAUUGUGCGGCAUAUGACAAAUGCUCAAUGGGCUGCUGUGUCGGCAGAUCUGGCGCAUCCGCCCAAACACUUGCUGCAUCAGCCUGAUUCGCCCGUGCAGCUUUUGAACAAUGGAUCCAUGCGGAUCCUUCAGCUGAAUCGUGAGAAGGCGCUCAAUGCAAUUGACAGGUACAUGAUCAGUCUCAUUAACGUGGCUUUUGAUGAAAUUGAGCCUUCGCCGAAUGCAGCUACCGUCCUGUUCCGCGGUGUGGGCCGCUCUAUGUGUGCUGGCGGUGAUGUCAUGUCGCUUGUUACUCUGGCUGAUAAGGAGGACAUUGUCGAGCGCAGUAAGUCGGUCUGGUUUUUCCAGUGGGAACUCAUGCAAAACUACCGAGUGCAUUAUUUGCGCAGAGCGACCACCCAACUCGGUCACCCCAAAACGUACAUCGGCCUGUGGGAUGGUAUUAUCAUGGGCGGUGGUGUCGGCAUGACAGUGCAUUCCACGCUACGUAUUGCCUCGGAGCGCACGCUCUUUGCGAUGCCCGAGACGGCCAUUGGCUACUACCCCGAUGUGGGUCUGACGUAUGUUUUUUCGCGUCUUGAUGGUGGCGUCGGCAUGUACAUUGGCCUCACAAGCUCGCGUUUGAGUGGUGCAGACGCUUAUAUCACAGGUCUCGCGACGCACUAUGUCCAUUCGCAUGCGGUGGAAGAAAUGAUUCGGCGGAUUGGCUCGAUGCCUCUUUCGACUGCUGCUCAUGAGGAAAACGUGGUGAGUGCGAUUAAUGAGUUUGCCACGGAUCCCUUUAUGGAUGAUCCAAGCUUGGCCCAGAAGUCUGUGUUUUUGGGUGACACGCGCAUUGCCAUGGACUAUGCAUUUACGCGCGACUCGAUCGAACAGAUUAUUGCUGUCUUGGAGGACAUUGCCCAGAGACGACACGACUCUUUCACAGGCAAGGAUCUCGCUGCGCGCGGACUUAGUCUGACCGAAGAGGUUGCUGAAUGGGCAUCGGUGACGCACGCGACGCUGCUUUCUCGCUCGCCUCGCUCUUUGAAAGUCACCUUCCACGCCAUUCGCCUAGCGCAUCAUCAAACGUACGAGGAGAAUAUGCACACCAACAUUCGCCUCUCUACGGCCUUCUGCGACUUGUCCAUUGGCCGCGACUUUCACACGGGUGUGAUGCACGUCUUGGGCAAAGACCCUGUCACUGGCCAGCGCCGCACCGGUGUUCCCAAUUGGGAGCCGUCACGUUUGGAGGAUGUGAGUGACGACUAUAUCCAAACCUUCUUCUUUGGCGAAGCCAGCAAAGCGCACCGCGCUGGUAUGCAGCUUGAAGUCCCGAAGCUUAGCAAUGUGCCCCAUACUGGCAAAGAUCGCGAGGCGCGUAAGGAACGCGAGGCCAAGCUGCGUGGAGUGGGACCACUCCGCUGGAACCCGAAGUUUAACGUGCAUGCCUUGCCAACUGAAGCCGAGCUGGCAGCGCUGCACGAGGGCAGUCACCCCGCUUCGGGUAGCUAUGUGCUUGAGCCUAACGAGCUGCUUGAUACGAUCGACAAGUACUACCAGCACAAGCCCGGCGUACGCGUCAAAGUGCAGGACUGGCUGGACCGCCGCCAACGAGCUCAGAAAGCUUAG